AUGUGGCUUGUGGGGUGCAGAGGGCUGGCAGCCCUAGUGGUGCUUUUACUUGCUGGAGUCAUGGCGGAGCCCAAAGGGGUCCUGGAACACGAGGCUGUCAUUGGGGUAUCCAACGGAGGCACCUGGGGGUCCUGGGGCUGGCAGGAGAUGUGCCCAGAAGAUACUUAUGCCACAGGAUUCAGCCUCAAGGUGGAGUCCUAUCAGGGGGAAAUGAAAGACGACACGGCGCUGAACGGAAUCCGGCUGUUUUGCACACGUGGCGGCCACGGUGACAAACGCGAAGCCCACAUCGUGGAAUCGCAGAGUGGCCCGUGGGGGCACUGGCUACAGCCCAUCUGGUGCCCUGAGGGCACGUACCUGGUGAGAUUCUCCCUGCGAGUGGAGCAGAACCGGCCUGGCAUUCAGGACGUCAUGGGUGCCACCAACGUCCGCUUUGCUUGUUCAGGCGGGGCGACUCUGGAGGGAAACGGCUUGAGCUGGGGGGAGUAUGGAGGGUGGAGCCCCUCCUGCAAGAGAGUGCUGUGUGGCAUCCAGACCAAGCAGGAACCCGUGCGUGGGGCCCUGAGGGACGACACCGCCCUCAAUGACGUCCGCUUCUACUGCUGCAACCACUGAGAUCCCAAGGAGGGAUGGAGACCCCCUUCCCCCUCAGCCCCCCAGCCCCUGGGAAAUUCAGUGGGUGAGACCCGCCCCCCUCCUCUCCCUCCUGCCCUGAGUCAGCUGGAGACCUGCCAGCAACACAGCCAGGAGGAUCCUUCAAGCAAAGGGCCCCCUCCCCCAGCCACCAGGGGGCUCCGCAGAGACCUCAAGCUCUUCUUCCCACCCCCUCCUCUCUGUUCCACCAGCAGCAACCGACCCCACCUCAAAUAUGAGACACACUUUUGUCUUCCUACAUCACUCUCCUACUGAACCCUGCUCAGUCAGUGCAAAGGGUUUGUCCCAGAAUACAUUAAUGACAAAGAUGAGAUUACUUCUGAGCACAUGCAGAGUGCUUCCAUCUCAUCACUGCUUACCAGGGUUCACUGGGUUGUAUAUUAAAAACAGAGUGCCUCUGAGCAUCUGCGGAAUGCCUUUUUAUGCACUGCCCAGCCUUUCACCUAAGCAGCCAUUGUCACCUCUACACUCUGCACCCCUCAGGGGUCUCCCCUCCUUACAACUUCAGGAUUUGGAAAUGCCAAGGACAGGCCUGCAAGUGUCCGUCGGCCCUUGUAGCCAAACGGAACCCCCACAUUCUGAGGCAGUCUACCCCCAAAUACCUGCUGCUGGGCAUCACAAGCAGAGGGGGCUAUUGUCUUCAUGCCCUGCUUGUGAACUUCCCAGAGGCCGCUGCCUUUGGGGGCAGGAUGGGCCUUUGGGCUGACGCCAACAAGGCCCUCCCUUUGGAUGUUCCUAAGUACCGCUCUAAGACCCGUGCCCCCCUCCCCCCUGUGCGUGUGUUAUCACAGAUGCCCCCACCCCACCCCACCCGAGUGUGAGGCUCCUCUCCCCUAGUAGCCCCUCCUCCCUUCCUUCCCUUGGGGGCAGAUUCAGAUCCCCACCUCCAGGGUGCCCCCCAGCCGCGGCCGCCGCGCCUCUCAAAAGCCCCCCACCUACCCACCCCCGUCCUCUCUGCACACAAACCUUCAGGAGCAGACUCUGCAGUGGAGAGGGAUGUUUAUUCCUGCAUCUUCCAAUAAACAAUGCACUUUGCAGAUUGUAGCCAAGAAAGACAGGAGAGCGUGGCUUGGCUUUUGGGAUGGCUCUGGGGGGCUUGGAAGGAGUGUGCACACUGUGGGGAGGUGGUCCGGGGGGGGGGGCCUCACAGGCCU